CUACAUUUUAUAAAUAUAUUCUUUUUUUAAUCAAUUCAUUAAUACAAUUUUAACCAUGGUUUCUAAUAAUGUCGGCAAAGGUCCUAUCUACGUCACUGGUGCUGAUGGCCAGAAAGGAAGUGCAAUUGUCAACCAACUGCUGGAACUUCCCAAGAAGUACAAACAUAUUGUCAACUACCCAAUCUAUGCCGCCGUACCGACCAGUAGCACAGCCCACGCACAAUCCCUGGAAAAGAAUGGUGCAACCGUGAUUGCGGUCAAUCUAUUGGACCAUCAGGCUACCGUCAGAGCACUCCAAGGCGUGGCCAAAUUGUGUCUUGUUGUGGACCCACUCAGCACUCGAUUGACUCGCGACAAUAUCUUUGACUAUGCCAAGAGAUACAUCGACUGUGCCAUCGAGGCAAAUGUCAACCACAUCGUCUUUCUCUCUCCAUUCUCGCCUCUUCUAGUAUCUCCCCCAACAUCUCCUCAGCCCCAGACCACUAUUCAAGACGAUCCCACAAACCUAUUCCGGACCCAAUUUGGAAUGAUCGAAACCUACCUGCGUUCUCGCUUCACCAAUGGCCGUGGUAUCACCGUCCUCUAUUAUCCAGGCCUACUCCACCAACAUCUGGUCGUCUUUGGAAACUACAUCCGCAAACACAACGCAUUCCCUCUGCCCAGCACCCUGUUGGAGAACACUGUCGAAUCCUCAAAUCUUCUGGACAUCGCACGUGCCACGGCCACCGUUCUCUACUCCCCAACCUCUCGGUUUGCCAACAACGACUACAGAAUCACAGGCCCCCAACUGCUCACUCUGCAGGAAGUCAGUGCCCGUGUGCUCAGCGGUCUCAAAAAGGACCACACGAUUGACGGCAUGGAUGUCCAGAAUCUGACCAAUGUCCUACGUGAGAGUGUAGGCAACGACGAACAUGUCCAGUUUCUGAUGGAGAUGUGGGGUCUGCAGCGCAAAUUGGGCGGACGUCGGUUUGAAGUCACCCGUGAUCUUGAAGCCUUGACGGGACAGAGUGGAAAGACUCUCAACGAAUUCUUUGAGGAUCAACACGUCAUUGAUUCCUUUAUGGCACCUACCCAACCAUUCCUCCUUGCUGCCCAAAACAUCUAAAAAAAGAAAAAGUAGUUAUACUUUAAACAUCCCUUUUAUUCAUUCAUUCAUUCAUUCAUUCUCUCUUUUAUAUAUAUAUAUAUAUUAUAUAAUGUACAUAAACAUAACAUAUUAAAUAAACAACUUUGCAAAUUUCAAUAAAUAAAUAAAUCAAUUUUAUUUGACUAU